UUAUAACUAGUCUUCUGCUACAGGCGGCGUUGUGGUCUGUAUUUGUCACAGCUCCUAUAAAAUUUGUCUUGUCUUUUCCAAAUUAACAGUAAAAAUGUCAGCGUGGAGACAAGCAGGAUUGAAUUACAUCAACUACUCUCAGAUCGCAGCCAGGUUAGUCAGGCAAGCUUUAAAAGCUGACUUAAGAGCAGAGGCGGCCAAACGUGAUGAAGUCAAUGUGAAAUUUACUCAGUGGAAGGAUGGAAAACCUAUUACUGAAAAGAUAUGAUCUUAACGAUCAAAAGUACCUAGAUGAUAUCACAGAUGGAUAUAGAAUUCAUCCAAUACAUGUUUAUAGCCAUAAGUUAUGUAAUAUUUCUGACGAUCUUUGUCUCCUUAUAAAAUAAAACCAUUCUUCGUGUUA